CCUGACGGUAAGUCCGGACUAAAUGGAAGCAGCGGAGAAAACUCUCACUUACCGAGAUGACACCGGACUUCACAGCAACAAGCUGCUUAAACAUAUUAAAACGGAGGACAGCGAGGACCAGCACACGGAGACAAACUGCGAGGAGUCUAAUUAUGUGGAUCUGGACAGGAGACCCGACGGGCUGAAGACGGUGAAAGUGACUUUCACCGGAGAGGGGAACCAGCUGUCUGUGAUCAAAGCGGACAGCUCGAAGCAGGAAGAGAGCAAAACCGCCUCGGCCGAGUCCCUGCUGGAAACCCUGACCAAACUCCCCACCGCAGACCCGGACUCAGAGAGCGAGAAGCAGGCUGAGUUGGACUCCAGCGAGUGCAGCGACAGCGGCGAGCUGCGCUACACCGACAUGUGUCUGAACGGCAAGAGCGACCCCGAGCUGUCCGAGUCCCACUAUAUCACCACGCACGAGAUCCAGCUCACUGAGCUCGACCACGACGUGGACUACGACCUGGGCCGCGGGACCCGCUGGGAAUUUGAGGACGGCAACCUGGUCUACGCCUUUGUGGAUUACGCCUCUUUCGAGAGCGACGACACCCGGGAGGGCACCCUGAUCGUGGAGCGCGGCCGGAGCCAGCCGAAGGCGCAGUCUAAUCUUAGCGGAGCGGCUGUCAGCACCGAGCAGGAGGAGAGUGAUCUGUGCGCCAGUUCGGAUGAGAGCCUGUGCAGAACCCAGAGUGGCGGUGACCCGUCUGCGGGGAAGAUCCACCUGUCGAUUAAAACCUCCUCCAGGGCGGUGAACGACCCCGCAGGCGUGUUUGACAAUAGCGCGCAGUGGUGCGCCAAACACCUUGGAGAUGGGAGCCAUUUCUCUUUUGUAAACCCUGGCGCCAGAGCGGGGCCCCCGUGCGAUAGGAGUCAAUAUUUCAUCCCGGCUCCGGGCCGUCAGCACCUUGCAACCAAACUGAGACGGAAAGAUAUUAAUGAGUAUUCCAGCGGAGCGUCCAGCUCUAUCAGUGAGCUGGACGACGCUGAUAAAGAGGUGCGUAACCUAACCGCCAAGUCUUUCCGAAGCCUGGCAUGUCCGUACUUUGAUGCCAUCAAUCUCAGCACUUCCAGUGAGUCAUCCAUGUCAGAAUAUGGCCUGAAUAAGUGGUCAGCUUAUGUGGACUGGAAUUAUGGAAACAUUUCACACAAUACCUCCAGUACUUUCCCACUGGAAAUGAAUAAGACAGUGCAGGAUAGUAAGAGGAACAACAGAUGCAAAACUGGCAUGAAAGAUCAACAGACAAGAAUCUGCGCCCUGAACAAGAGAAUUACUUCACAGCAGACAUCUUCAGGCAGAGCGCUCCAAAUGAAGGAACAGUCGGCACAGCAAGGGGUUACACUAAAUUUUCACUGUAAUGUUGAAUCCAGAACUCCCCAGGGCUCCAAGUGCUUCCAAAAGGAUCGACCCAAUGAAAUGUUGGCCAGAUCGGCGUGUGAGAUGCAGUAUCAUCACACAGAUACCUCGGGGGACACACACAAGAGGGCUAUCUUUGCCUCGAGUCUGCUGAAAAAUGUCAUUUCCAAAAAAAUGCAAUUUGAACAGGAACGCAAAAUGGAGAGGGGAGAAAUCUCAGACACUUACCCCUCAGGGUCUCCCUGUAUUCACUUUAGAGAUCUGGAGGGCGUGAAGGAGAGGAGUGAGAGCAGAGGCUUGCAUGGGCAAACCUCAGAAUUAAGAAACUCUGUGAACUCCCCUGAAGAUCACAGAUCCAGAGCCAGUUCCUGUGGGCCUGCAGAGGAGACAAAGGGUGACAGAAAGGCUGCCGAUUGUUCAGGAGAGCAUCAGGAUACACCACAGGAGCCACAGUCUGGGAAGGAGACAGACUCAGCAAGAGAAAGACUGGACUCCAGCAGCGUUCUGACGAAGCUUCUGUUUGUUCCAAACUGCCAGCUUCUUUCAAAAGACGGAAACCUGGCAGAGGGUUUAACCCCCAGCACACCCGCCACAGGUGCAAAGACAUGCGAGAAAGACCUGCAAAAGUUGUAUGAUAAAAAUGCAGAAAGUAAAGAAAAACAUGAGAGGGUGGGGAAAGCACCCGAGAUCAAAAUCUGCCUGAGAAACGUAAAAGAAAACAAAGGCUGCACUCUGAAUAUUGCAAAUCUCCUAACACCCAAAAUCAGUAGCAACAUCAACAAAUACAGGGCAGCGGACAAUGGCAGGUGUCACAUUUUAUCCUCAGGAGACAAGGCUCCGAGUUUCACCGUCAGAGACAUCAGGGACACAAAGUGCAAAUUUCAGACACCAAUAUAUCACGUCAGGGAUGUGCGUAAGUUAGUGAAAAGCUCGUAUCGUUUUGUCUCUUUGAACAGAAGUGACCGUAGAUGUUCCACAGUGGCCGAGGAGAAAACUAAAGUGGAUCCAGAAAAACCAUCCCCCAUUGUGAUCAAAUGCAACUCUGUUAAUACAAACAUUAAACCAGAAUCAGACGACACAACACGGGCAGAAGUGGAGGUAGACACCAGGCCUGACACCUCCUGUAGAGUUGUCACUGUUACGCCAAGACAAGGAAAUCCCAAUCAGCUUGAGAUGCAUCAAAAUCUUGAGGCCAAACUGGAAAAACAGAGGCAGGAUAAGUUUACUGGGGAGACAAAUGAAAGGAGAAAUGACCCCACAAUGCCAAAACAGGAUGCCCUAGAAAAGCUCAAGGCUGCAGUUAAAACCAUGGAGCAGCUUUAUGUUUUUGACAGGAAUGAAUGGAAGCGUAAAACCCAAGCCUCUCACCCGGUCGCAGACAGCCACGUGCUGCCUCUCCUCACCAUGCAGGAUCAGGGAGCUGCAGAUGAGCAGGAGGUGAAAAACAGUGGCAGGAUACCUCAGUCUCUCACAAACGGCAAAGAAAUUCAGAAAAGCCAAGGAGAUAGAAGAUCUCUGAAUAUCAUUCAUGUUCCAUACAACCAUGACGCUUUUAAAACACAAUCGCAGCAAAGUAAAACCUUCACCAACAAAAGUGUCCUGCAUUUUGCCAAUAAGGAACACAGCAGCAUAAAUGCACAAGAUUCUGCUUUGCAAGCAUCCUCAGUAGUGAGAAGCUCCAAAACGUCGACGAUUAAACCAGCAUCUGUAAAAAUGGUGGGUAAGGAUAAGGCCAAGUCCAGUUUCACAGAUCCCACCACUACAAAGGGUUUCCUGGACUCUGAGAACUACCUAACCAUGCCAGGGAUUGGCUGCACGAAUGAAACCAAGCUGCUCAAUCAGAAGGGGGAUUCAAGUUUUACCAAAACAAAUUCAGGUGAUAGCAAGGUCCCAGAGCAAAACAGGUCAAAUGUAACCACGGACUGUCCAUCUGCAACUAUCUACCACCUUCCAACAGCAGCGACAAGUCCUCAAAAUCAGCAGCAAGUGUUACGCUUCUCCCCCUCCAUCAAUAUGUCCCCAACCCCCUCCGGAGGAGAAAUAGUCCCUCAAACCCAGCGCAAGAUGCUCCUGGACCCCACAACUGGACAUUAUUACCUGGUGGACACGCCCAUACUGGCCACCACCAAGAGACUUUUCGAUCCAGAGACAGGCCAGUACGUGGAUGUCCCCAUGCCUCACUCACCCAUCGCGUCCGUCACACCCGUACCUUUUUCGCUACCCCCCCUAGCUCUCGCCCCCACCUACUUGGUCUACCCGGGCUUCAUCUCUCCUACGUUGGCAGCCCAGGCGGUGAUGCCGCCGUCCCCCUGUCACUCAGAGGAUGCAGCAGGAGAAAGCAUCAAAAGUAAUCAGAUGAGCCCAGGUACAGAGAAGGCUUACUACAGUGCGACGGCAGAGGCUCAGCAGGGGCCACUUCAUCUGCCGCUGAGUUUGGGAUAUGUGUCCACUAAAGGAGGGCCUGGAAGCUCUGACAAAAAGGCACUUAUCAGCAUCACAACACAGCAGGGUCCAAGAAUCAUCGCUCCACCCUCGUUUGAUGGGAAAACUAUGAGCUUUGUGGUUGAGCAUCGGUGACCAAGAGGACUUCUCUUCAUAUAUAUAACUCCGCUGAGGAAUCCGCCUUCAUUCACUGUAAGUGGAGUUUUCAUCCUGUGACCCGCUUUCUGGACAACUUCCACCAUCAGCCCUUCACCUGUCUCUCUCUGUUCUGCUGUUUGUUUUUGGGGUUUUUUCUGUAUGCAUUGUAGCACUUUAUAGAUAUGAAUCGUAGAGAUACUUUCCAUUCAGGUGCUGUGUAGAUUGGUCUGUAUUUAAAUGCCAUGUGUGCCCUGCAGUCUAUUCAUAAGGAAACAGUCACAAUAAAGUGUUAUUUACGGCCAAUCUGUUUUAUUAAUACGUUUAUGGUAAUAUGUAUUUAAAGUUAGACUGUGUUUAUUUGAUAAAACACAAUUUACUCACAUGAGUAAAAUUUAUGUACAUAAAAAAAUAAAAGUAGCAUCAUUAAAGUCAGAAUGUUUGUUUCUAGAACAUCGUAGUCUCAUUUCUGAUUUCAGCAGAGAAAUUGUAGCAAACUGGAAGUUAAAUGUUUCUCUUCCUGGUCGAUCCGUUAUUGAAGGCCACAAGGGAAACAGAGUCAAUCAGAAAUUGUAAACAUUCUUUCUGGGGAAUCCUGCUAUCUGAUGUUACUGACAUCCUGGAGCGAUCACAUGUUAUCACCUUGUUGCCUUAAUGUAUUUAUAGUGACCUAGAAAGAAAAAUAAUGUGUGUAUUUGUUGUCAAGGACAUUCUAAAUGAAGUACAGAUUGUCCAUUUGAAUGUGGCUUAAAUAAAAGAUAUAGGGGUAGGGUGGCAUACCAGACCUUAUAUCCCACCCAUAUGUUUGUAUUUUCUAGCUUUGACCAAUAAGUAGAAAAUAUCCAGAGCAGUUGACCAAGAGCAGCAUCUUUACUUCAUUUGUUGGUGGUUUUGACAAGCUUGGAAGCAUUUUAGUAUGGUAUUUUCCAUUUGUUUGGCAAAGAUACAAUUGUUGAAGUACCAAGACUUGAACAUUUUGAGGUUUCUCACCAACUAAGACUGCCACUUCUGUUCUAAUAUCUAUGUGGUCAAAGUUUCCUAAGUAGCUAAGUAGAUUAAAUGCUGAGAAAUAAGUUUUUUUUGGCUUGUGAUGCUAAAUAAACAAAUGUUUCUAGUGUGAAGACUAGAAACCUGAUUAUGAAUAGGUUUGGCAUAACACAUUUCUGAGAUUUGAGCUUUGCCUAAUGAAUGAUGACUAUAAGCCUAGGCACCAGUUUAAUCUCAUGAAGAUAAUAAAUUAAGGAUAAAUUACUCAGCUUAAUCAUCCUUCAAAAUAAAACUCCGGUCUUUCAAGAUUAAGAGAGGCUGGUGUUAGAGUUUGUUUCUUUAGGCUGAUGUUGACUGAGCAUAGAUAUAAUUGUAUAUAUGUGCAACAAUUAUUACUUUUUUAUGUGACAUAAUGGCUUAAUGCAGACAUGGUAAGUUAUUUUAUUGAGCUGAGUAGCUUUAAGCAAAUCAUCUCUCUCUGUUGGCACACAUAUAUAGAUAAAUAUAAUUCUGACCUAUCAAUAAUAUCUAUCGGGCUCUUGUUCAGAUUCCUGUGGAGGCAUUCCUGACACAUCCAAGUAGAAAUAAAAGAUCAGAGGAUGGGCCCAGAAUACCCUGAAGGAGUUGCAUACCCUGUCCUGCACUGGAAUGUCUCAAGGUCCUCCAGGAAAAAUUGGGAAAUGAUGCUAAAUGGAGAGAGUCAUGCUAGCUACCUGGACCAGCAGAGGGGGGAAAAGUUUGUAUUAGCGCAUGCUAAUACAGUAUCAGUAUGCCAAGUGUAAAAUGAACUUUGAAUCCCCAAAAAGUAAUGACUGCAAAGUCUAAAUGGAUAUGGACUUGUUAGAGUUGUCUUAAUAAAAGAUGAGAUCAUGUGGAUUACUGCUGGAUAAAAGUCCUCUAAACUACUUUCAACAGUGUAGUUUUGCAUUAAAAAAGGAUAUAAAUACUUGUGAUUUUUCACACUUAUCUGAGGAAAGGGACCAUUUACUGAAUGCUGAAUCACUCCAGACCUUCCGCUGCAGUGUGUCUGGCACCACACUGGCACUCCAUAUGUAAUGGGCUAUAUGGUCCAUUAUAUAUGGACCAGACAUAAAUGUAAAAUCAUUACAUUUAUUUUCAAGUAAAUAACAGUCAUAUCAAAAGAAUCUGGUUUUCCUUUGUGUGCUAUCACUAAACCCUUCCACAGUAACUUUUUGCCAUCAGUCAGCUUUUCUGUUGACAUCAACUCCUUGUUGCAUUGAGUCAAAUGCGUCUUAAUGCCCGCCAGCAUGAUGUAUAAAUGAAGUGUUUUAUUAUUAUUAAUAAUAACAUUAUUUCCUUAAUGCACACCUCUUGUUUUUACUAGUGAGGUGAGAUGAGUAACACUAUGCAUGUUGCUCAGAUGAAAACAGAGCAACGACUCAGAUUUAGCACUGAGCUCAGGUCACUAUAAGUAGUGUUGGGCCUAAUGAGUCGGAGCCAACUGAGACAUUUACAGGAUAACUUCCUCUAUUUGUCUUGGUUCAGUUUACACUUUUGUGUAAUGAGAUGGGAGCGUGUGUGCUUGCGUCUGAAUGUGUCCGUGUUUGUGGUCGUGAGCUAUGCGUGGCAUUCGAGCAUUCUGUGAGCACAACGAGGAGUUGCGUUACUUCCCUGCAAACAGGAUCACACAGAGUGUACAUGUGUGAAGCGUGUCUUUACGAUUAGCACACACAGUAAUACCAGGUUUUAAAGACACUUUAGAGCGAGCUGUUUGGUGCAAAACUGUAAUUAGAAUUACUAUCCAAAAUGAAUUAAGUUUCCCCCCCUUGAUCCUGUCUUUUUCGAUAUUUAAACAAUAAUAUUUUGAUUCUUUUUAAUACAUUUUCUGUCCUGUUUCCCACUGAACAUGCAGCAGGGCCUCAUUGGUCUUUGUGCUAACAUGAACCAGCAUCCCUCUGAGCAUAAUACCAACUGUAGAUUUGCUAUUUGCAGAAUGUUGCGAAACUAAGCACAAACUAAAAGGUAUUUGGAGCUGCUGGUCAGUCUACUUACCUCCAUUUAAAAUACAUAUCAUUUCCCCAUCUCGUGCCCUAAAAGUUUAUUUUACUAAGAUUAGUCCAGGUUUUGAACACAUUUUGUUAACUUUUCUGAAGGGUUUUCUCUCAAGAGCCUAAUUGACAGUGCAAUGUUUGAUGCAAUUUGAGGUGCAUUGUAGCCGGAAGCUGUUGGGGACAGUUUAAAUCAAGCUACUGAGACCUAAACAACCUGUAAGAAAAUAAACACAGAUCACCUGAAAACUUGACAAAGCGUUUCCAGUGUUGGAUGACUGAAAAAAAUUGCAUUUCUCUAAUUUUUAAGAACUUUUAAGCUUAUUUUACUGGAACAUGUGAAAUUUGAAAUGUAAAUUUUAUUUCUUUCUAUUUUCUAAAUAUUGCACUUGGGCGGUCACCAACAAUGGCAGCACUAACUGUAAAGGGCUGUAACCGUGGGUGACAAAAGCACUAUUGAGACAUUUUUAUUUACCAUUUUUAUUCUUUAUGUAAAGAAUAAGAUGCAGGUUAUGUUAUACAGUAACUUCCAAAAGUAUUAAUACCUUUGGUCAAAAUAUUUUGUUGGAAUUUUAUGUGAUAGAUCAAUAAUAAGAUGUCCAUAACUGUGAAAGGGAAUAAAAUGCUCCAAAAUAAUAAUACUUUUUUUUUUUACAAAUAAAUAUUUUUAUUGGUGAACCUUUGACCCCGUCUCAGGUCUUUUGCAGCCUUCAACAGGCUUUCUUCCCAAACUGACCUGUCUUUAGCUCCAUCCAUCAUCCCUGUUGUGACAGAACAGCACUCCCACAGCAUGAUGCUGCCACCACCAUGUGUCAUGUUGAGGAUUGUGUGUUCAUGAUGAUGUUGGUUCUUCAUCACACAACAUUUUGCACAACAUUAAGGCCAAUAUUACUAACAUUAAAUAUAGCAACAAUUUUACUUAGGAAUAGCAGAACAAAUGAGGAUGUUCUGGUUGAAUAACCUCUUUUAGCCCUCUCCUAUUGUUUGAAAAUAAUGUUUAAUAUUCCUCAGACCUCACAAUUAUGUGUUCCUUUGCAUUAAUCUAUCAAAUAAAAUCCUAAUAAACCUUUCAAGGAUGUGAUUGUGAUGUGAUGAAAGGAUAAAAUAGGAUGAAUACAUUUGCAAGGCUCUGUAUGUUUUGAAACUUUGUCAAGGAGAACUUCAGGAUCAUGGCAUCGUGUGUGAAUGACACAUCAACGCAGGAGCAUUUCUUAUUUUUUGCUUUCAAGAAUGAGGCAUACAGAGAGGAUAAUCUGUCUGAAAUUGGUGUCAUAGCUGAGUUAAACAGCAUACGAAUCAUGAAUUAUAAAUGGUGACAGUGGUGUUCUGUACUAUUCAUGUGCCAUGUCAUGAUAUCUGACGGGAUUUCAGGAUUAAACAUGGGAAAAUGACACUAUCAGUGUUUUGUAUAGCGGACGAGGAAAGUGUUAAGGUGAGAUGGUCUGAGAUACGUGCAUAGAGAAGGUUUAAAAAUAAGUCGCACAUGACUGAACUCUAUUCUGUUGAAUUGAUGCCAUCAGUGAUUUAAAACUGCCGUCUGUGCCUGUGACCAAGGUAAAGGUCAGGAUGCAAAGUAAAGGGACUACUUUGAAAGGGGAAAUUGAAUGCAAAUUUUGCAUUUACUGUACCAUUCACUGUACUGAAAAGAAUAAGUGUGAUGGAUGGAUGUAAUGUAGACUGAUACAUCUACAUUUGUUUGCAAUAAAUGUUAAAAUGCAAGACA